CCCGCCCGCCCUUUCCGGCUCCUCCCUGGAGAGCUCCGCGUCGGGCGGGCGCGUGAAGCCGAGGAAGCGCUGGCUGCCCCGGGGAGGGAGGACUAUGAAGCUUCCGAACAUCCUGCUCACCGGUACACCAGGGGUUGGAAAAACCACACUAGGCAAAGAACUUGCAUCAAGAUCAGGACUGAAGUACAUUAAUGUGGGGGAUUUAGCUCAGGAAGGGCAGUUAUAUGAUGGCUACGAUGAAGAAUACAGUUGUCCGAUUUUAGAUGAAGAUAGGGUCGUUGAUGAGUUAGAGAAUCAGAUGAGAGAAGGUGGUGUUAUUGUUGAUUACCAUGGCUGUGAUUUCUUUCCAGAACGCUGGUUUCAUAUAGUGUUUGUGUUGAGAACAGAUAACAGUAUACUGUACAAAAGACUUGAAACAAGGGGUUACAGCGAGAAGAAGCUACAAGACAACAUUCAGUGUGAGAUUUUCCAAGUUCUCUAUGAGGAAGCCAGAGCCUCUUACCGAGAAGAAAUUGUGCAUCAGCUGCCCAGUAAUGAACCCGAGCAGCUGGAGGAUAACAUCAACCAAAUCUCCAAAUGGAUUGAGCAGUGGGUCAAAGAUCAUAACCCUUGAAUUAGAGACUGGCCAGCCAGGCGUGGUUGGUGCACACCUUUAAUCCUAGAUCUUGGGAGGCAGAAGCUGGUCUACAUAGUGAGUUCUAGGCCAGCCAGGGCUGUGUAGGAAGACUCUGUCUCAAAAGAAAAAAAAGCCUGGCCACAGUAUAGCCGCCCCUGUUGAUAUCACUCAGUCCACCUAACAGAAAUGCCCAGGGAUCAGCAGAAGAAGACUAUGUUGCAGCUCUAGGUGCUGCCUGGAUUUCUUUUUCUCCAUGAGAAAGCUCACCAACAAUCCCAAAUACUAAUAUAAAUUAUUUUAUUAAGGAUUGAACCUAAAAAUUGUCAUCAAAUUCAGUGGACAAUAAAUCUGGUCAAUGGGGACAUAUUUUUUAAAUUUACUAAAAUGUAGGUGAUCUCUUAAAAUAAAAAUGGAAAACUAAAGAUA